AUGCGCAAAUACCCGCCGUUACCGCAGUCUUCGAGGGGGAAACGGCAUACGACGACAGCUCCACGGCUGCACUCGUAAUGAGAGUGUGGACAUUGUUCCUGCUACUGCCGGCAGUGGCACAGUCCCAGCCGGGUUUCCCCCAUGUCUCCUUCAUGGGAAACACACUGCCCAACCACGCCUUUGUGGAUCUUGACCUAGUGGGCGAACUGGACAAUGACAGUGUCAUCUGUCACACGGACAUCCCUACCUGCUGCAGCAGUACACAGGGCCCAGAUAGUGGAGGCUGGCACUUUCCCGGCGGAACUAGAUUGCCAUUUAGUAACUCUAGCGGAUCUGUUUAUGAGCUCCGUUCAGCCCAGCAAGUCGACUUAGUCGUCGAGAAGGAAACGUAACGUCUGGUAUCUACGCUGCGAUGUUCCAACUAAUGCUUCGUCUGUGGAAACAACCUAUGUUGGACUGUAUUCCAGUGGAGGAGACAUCACAAUAAUCGAUGAUGUGAUGUUGGCCGUGAAUUCUGAUCUCAAUGGACCUAGUCCUCAGUUCACCCUGGCCUGUAUAUCCACUGGUGGACCUGCUACCACUGUCACUUGGACCAGAGACUCCACCACUGUCACCCAAGGAACCCAGACUGUGUUGAAUGACACAGUGACAGGACGCUACACCCACACUCUGACUGUGACUGGGAUACUGGGAGGAAACUACACAUGCACCGUGGCUAAUGACAUGCCAUCUUCUGCUUCUAGCAGCUUUUACGUUGAAGUUGCCUCAGCUCCCACUAACCUGACAGCAGUCCAGGAGGGUCCCACAAGCAUUGCCAUCUCCUGGAGCCCACCCACACCACUAGGAGACACUGCUGAGUACAGAAUCUUCUACACUGGAGCUAACAGCAGUGGCAGUGAGACUGGCAGUGAGACUGUCAGUGCCACAGACAGCAGCUUUUUCUCAGAUGCCAGUGGCAGUGGUGAUGUAAUGGACAGCAACUUCACUGAAACUUACACACUGGCUGGUCUUCACAAUGGGGAUACAUACUCGAUUUCUGUGGUUGCCUUGUCACAAUACUUGCCCAGUGACACUGUCAUGCUGGACAGAAAUGUCUCAUUGUUUCCAACCCAACCAACUAUUGGGCUUACCACCCCUACCGAGACUUCAGUCUCAAUCACAUGGACCAUUGACACUGGUUCAGUGGUGGAGAACUAUCGAGUAUUGUGGGAGAGGGACACCUCAGUGGGGUGUCCAGGGGACGAUGAAAGAAGUGUAACACUCUCUGGAGACUCUACCACCCACAAUAUAACUGGAUUGGAAGAGGAUAGCAGCUAUAUUAUCACACUACGGGCAUCAAAUGCAGCUGGUAGUGUGGAUGUAAGUGUGGCGGUAAUGACUCUUGAAGCAGUUCCAUCUGGUUCUCCUGGGCCUGUGAAUGUAUCUGGAGUCACAUCUUCGUCCGUCACUGUUCAGUGGGGGGAGGUGGACUGUAUCCAAAGCAACGGAAACGUAACAGGCUACUCAGUGAGAGUUGAGGCAGUGGGGAGUGGGUACAGGGACACUGUGAAUAUAUCGGGCAGCAAUACUACUAGUGUUCGUCUGACUGGACUUAGUCCCUCCACUGCCUACACUAUUGAAGUGGCUGCAGUCAAUGGAGCUGGUGUUGGGGCAUACAGCAAUCCUACAAACCAAUCAACAUUUGUUGAAGCUCCAACUUUGACAGUGCUACAGUCUUCUGUAAGCUCAACCACUCUACCAGUGAAAUGGACCAGUGGUGGGUCAAUGGUGGAUGGCUAUGUGGUACAGUGGACGUACGUCGGAGAAUGUACUGGUGUGAGUGGAAGCAGUGUCGGUGUUGGUGGAGACGUGACCAACUUCACUAUUGAGGGACUGGAAGAAUUCAGUCCCUAUUCUGUCUCUGUGAAUGCUGCCAAUAGCAUCAGUAGUGCAGUCAGCAACGAGACCUCUGGAAUGACAAAUGAAGCUGCUCCCACUGCACCUGUGGCUUUUGUGAGUGUGUCAGGUGUGACUCCAACCAGUGCCACUCUUCAGUGGGGACCAGUGCCCUGCAUCCACCGCAACGGGAACAUCAGAGGCUACAUGGUGGCGUGGACAUCCAGCGAUGACACUACCCUCACCUCUGAUAUGAUUCCUGCCCCCAAUACCACCUACACUAUAACGGGGUUGAAGAGUGGCAGUACGUACACCGUCGUUGUCAUUGCAGUCAAUGAACGUGGCAGGUCCACCAGUUUGCCACUCUCAGUGUCUACCAAUACUGAACCUGUUCCUGAAGCAGAGCCAGAAUCCAGUGUGUCCGGUCCAUUAGUAGGUGGAGUGGCAGGUGGUGGUGCGAUUGUCCUCGUCAUCAUCUUCGUCCUCAUCGUGAUCCUGGUGGUAUACCUGGUGAGGAGACGGGGCCGAAACUACAUCCCAGAGUUACGAUCCAAACUCAGUACGUUCAGGAAGGGAGGAGAUGAUCUCCACAUGCGUGAGUUUUCAAUGCCCGGAAAAUACACGCAGACAACUGUUGUGAGCAAUGACUACAUGAAUGUAGGAAAAUCCGCAGAGAUCGAUGAAUCUGAGCUCUUGAAGAUCGCAGGUUCCUCUCAACCUGAGACUUUGGAGAAAGAAGUCGAAGACGGCCGCUAUGUGAGCGUCGUUGAGUCAGCCAGCAGGGAAAAAGAAACGGAGGGCUACGUGCAGAUGAGGCCGCUAGCCGUCCCUGUACGUGAGACACUGAACAAGGACGCAGAUGUAGACGGCUAUGUCAGUGCAAGGGUCAUAGGUGGUGGACCCCAGCCAAGGACACCAGACAAAGAGGAAGAUGGUUACAUCAGUGCAAGGGCCCUAGAUGGAUUCGUGCCUUCUACACCAGAGAAAGAAACCGUUAGUACAAGACUCCUAGACAGUUUCCCGACCAGCACACCAGGAAAAGAAGCAGGAGAUGGCUAUGUUGAUGCGAGGAUCCUAGAGGGUCCACAGCCCAGGAAACAAGAUAAAGAACUUGGUGGGGUUAGAAAGAGCCUUGCCAUGGAUAAUGAGUAUGUGACCAUGAGGAGCCAGACGACGUCUCAACCUGAGACAAAGAAAUUCGACAGCUACAAGCCUGCGAGGACUGCCACCAUGCCUGCUGCGAACAGAAACUCUGAGGCUGACGGCUACGACACCGUGAGAACAUUUGCCACCUUACGACCGUCUUCCAAACCUGCUCCCAAGGAGAGAAAGAAGAAGAAGUCGGAAGACAGUGGACCGACAGAGGACGGAUACGAGGUUUCGAGGCCCCUGGCCACUUUGCCACGCCCCAAACUUCCACCAAAAGGAAAAGUAGAUGAUGACGAUGAUAUGUCUGAAGAUGGGUAUGAGAAUUCGCGACCCCUUGCCACUACGCCGCCAAAGCUUCCGCCGAAAGGUAAAGUAGAAGACGACGAAGAUUUGCCGGAGGAUGGAUAUGAGAAUUCUCGACCCCUUGCCACCUCUCCAUCUCCUGAACUUCCAACAGAAGAUGAAGAAGACGGUUACGAGAACUCAAGACCGCUGGCCAACUCACCGCCCCCCAAACUCCCACCUAAAAAGGAUGAUGGUGACCUGCCUGAUGAUGGCUACGAGAAUUCGAGACUCCUCCCUCCCCUCCUCCAGACACCGAGGAACCGCCCUACUUGAAAAUGCGGUAGAACAACGGGCAAACUGGUGUGUUUCACUUUUUGUAUUCAACGUUAUUUAGCACAGCAAGCGCUUUGCAUUUAGAAUCAAUCAUAGUUUCACUGAAUAAGUAUCUGAGCAAGAGAGUAUAAUUAUAUAGCUACACUAAUUUGAUGAAUGUGUGACAUAAAAUGGUUCGAUACACUAAAUAUAGCGGUGUUUGAGCCCCUUUACUUCACGGGAUGAGCACAGUCAUAUUUUCCACGGACAACUCUGACAUUCACUCCUGGCAGGUCUUUCGUCCGUCCACCUUCCACCAAUACGACGUUGUGCUCUUGCAGCGAGUGGCCUUCUCGAGGGAUGAACGCUAUGACCUCCUUACCGUUGCUGAGGCGCACGCGGCAGCACUUGCGGUUGGCCGAAUUGGGCUUCUUGGGUUUCCUGAUCAUGGUCUGGAGUAUGAUGCCCUUCAUCUGGGGCCUGCCGCUCAUGGGCCCCGGCGGCUUGGGGCGUCUCUUUACUGGACCGUUCCUAAUGAUCUGGUUCACCGUCCGGUGGCACGGUGGGGAGGUAUGGAUCCGUCUAAUGGCGGCUGGGACGAGUCCUGCAGCUACGUGCGGCCACUCUCUCACAGUGGUAGCCGUCUGGAUAAGGUUCAGAAACCUCCGGACGACAUUAGCGGACAGCAUU